CCCCGCCCCCUGCCCAGGUCUCAAAAGCCCCGCCGGGCUCCGAGCGCCAGCCCAGCCCCGCACCCCUCAGCAUGGCCUGGAACACCAAUCUCCGCUGGCGGCUGCCGCUCACCUGCCUGCUCCUGCAGGGGGCUAUGGUGAUUCUCUUUGGGGUGUUCGUGCGCUACGACUUCCAGGCCGACGCCCACUGGUGGACCGGGAGGGUGCGCAGGAACCUCAGCGAUCAGGAGAACGAAUUCUACUAUCGCUACCCGAGCUUCGAGGAUGUGCACGUGAUGGUAUUUGUGGGCUUCGGCUUCCUCAUGACCUUCCUGCAGCGCUACGGCUUCAGUGCCGUGGGCUUCAACUUCCUGCUGGCGGCCUUCGGCAUCCAGUGGGCACUGCUCAUGCAGGGCUGGUUCCACUCCUUCCAAGACAGCCACAUCCUUGUGGGCGUGGAAAACCUCAUCAACGCUGACUUCUGUGUGGCCUCUGUCUGCGUGGCCUUCGGUGCAGUUCUGGGUAAAGUCAGCCCCAUUCAGCUGCUCAUCAUGACUUUCUUCCAAGUGACCCUCUUUGCUGUGAAUGAGUUCAUUCUGCUUAACCUGCUGCAGGUGAAGGAUGCAGGGGGCUCCAUGACCAUCCACACAUUUGGCGCCUACUUUGGGCUCACAGUGACCCGGAUCCUCUACCGACGCAACCUAGAGCAGAGCAAGGAGAGAGAGAGUUCUGUGUACCAGUCGGACCUCUUUGCCAUGAUUGGCACCCUCUUCCUGUGGAUGUACUGGCCCAGCUUCAACUCAGCCAUAUCCUACCACGGCGACAGCCAGCACCGAGCUGCCAUCAAUACCUACUGCUCCUUGGCAGCCUGCGUGCUGACCUCAGUGGCAACAUCCAGUGCCCUGCACAAGAAGGGCAAGCUGGACAUGGUGCACAUCCAGAAUGCCACACUUGCGGGAGGAGUGGCCGUGGGUACCGCUGCUGAGAUGAUGCUCAUGCCUUAUGGCUCCCUCAUUGUCGGCUUCCUCUGUGGCAUCUUCUCCACCCUGGGUUUUGUAUACCUGACCCCAUUCCUGGAGUCCCGGCUGCAGAUCCAGGACACAUGUGGCAUUAACAACCUGCACGGCAUUCCUGGCAUCAUAGGCGGCAUCGUGGGUGCCGUGACGGCGGCCUCUGCCAGCCCAGAAGUCUACGGAGAAGAAGGGCUUGUCCAUUCCUUUGACUUUCAAGGUUCGAAGGCGAACUGGACCCCAAGAACACAGGGAAAGUUCCAGAUUUAUGGUCUCUUGGUGACCCUGGGCAUGGCCCUGAUGGGCGGCAUCAUUGUGGGGCUUAUUUUGAGAUUACCAUUCUGGGGACAACCUUCAGAUGAGAACUGCUUUGAGGAUGCGGUCUACUGGGAGGUGUAACCCACUGAUACAAAACCCAUGGGUGUGGUGGGCUGGCUGCACCUGGUUGAGAAUGAAAUUCCAUGCCAAAGUAAGGAACAGCAUCAGGCAGUCCCUGAGCCCCUGGGGGGUUUACCUUGGAAGUGAGGUGGCUUCUCAGAGGAUGGGGAUUGGACCAACGUUCCCCAGGAGGCAAGGCAGGGCUGACCUGCCCCACCCACACUCCACCUCUCUACCCACUUCUGGCCUUCCCUGCACCUUCCCAACCCCCGUUUCAGACCUGCCUGCAGUUGACAGAGCUUGCCAUACUGCCUCUUACCUGACAUCUGGCCCUUACUCCUACUCAUCUUUUAAGAGUGGGUUCAGUACACCUUCUCAGCACCCCUCAGGCUGGGUUAUAAGCCUCUCAUGUGCAAUUACAACGCUUACUGUCUCUGGGUAUUUCACGGGAAUGCCUCACCAUUGCUCUCAUGGGGCAAGGACCCCAUCUCAUCCUUGCCACGCCCCAGCACCAAGGACAGUGCCUAGUAUGGGGUAGGGGCAGGACACCGGUGUCAAAGGACCACCUUGCUCUCUGUGGCAGGUGAUCUGCACGGUAAUCACAAGGUGGCGCUCGCCACACACCAUUUGCAGCUCCAGGAUAUUCUAGUUGCCAGGGACACCCUGCCUGGCCUGGGACAGGGCCCUCGGAGUUGCAUCCUCUCU